AUGAGUAGCACCUACUGUGGCAACUCUUCAGCUAAGAUGAGUGUUAAUGAAGUAUCUGCUUUCUCACUGACUCUGGAGCAAAAAACUGGCUUUGCUUUCGUGGGGAUUUUGUGUAUCUUCUUGGGACUUCUUAUUAUCAGAUGCUUCAAAAUCCUAUUAGACCCGUACAGUAGCAUGCCUUCCUCUACAUGGGAAGAUAAAGUCGAAGAGUUUGACAAAGGGACGUUUGAAUAUGCGCUUGCAUGAGAUAUCCAGCUUUCCGGUUUUUAUGGUUAUCCAUUUGUAAUUACCAUGAGUGUGCUGGAGAGAGGCUCAUUUCACUUACUGAAUUCAAUAAAUGUCUGUGGUUAGUUUAUUCACCAUGCUGAGUAAAUGAUAACCCACUGUCGGGUUUCUCACUUUCCUCUGUCCCCUAAUGACUACCA